AUCAAAAGGCAUUUCCGCAUAAGAAUCUUCCAGUGGAUGUGCGUAUAUGGACAGGAAACAAUCAAAACAAGAAAACAAGAUUGAAAAACACUGAUAGAAAAAGGGGUGGAAAGCAUCCAGUAGUAACAAGAUGAACAGCGCAGCUGUGUAUCCACCUCUCUAUGCCCCUGUAGCCAAUCCAUUCUCAAACAUACCUGGCUAUGAGGGAAUUGGAGGAGGUGGUUUCCUGCCUCCCCCCAUACCGUUACAGCCAGUAGCUCCACCCCAACCUGGUCCCACUCCUGAGGAAUGGAACAUCCCCGCCCUGUCCGAGGACGCCGCUCGUGAGGCAUUUAAGGACUAUGUCCAAUCUCACUGCUGCUACAGUUCAGGCCCAGCCAAUGAAGGUGUUAUCACCAGCAUAGAGUCGCAUAACACAUACAGGUUGCGUCUGGAGACGUUCACAGAGCGCAGAUCAACUGAAAUGGCUGAGAAACCGUACGAAGGAGAAACAGCUGACUUCUAUGCUCAGCCUGCCCCCAGACCCUGGGAUGUCGAGGUCAAGACCCCCAACCUCUUCACUAAACAUACUGAGGAGAUCCGUGUGCCCUACACCUCCUCCAUCAAGGAAUGUAACACCUGCCACGGCGUAGGGACAGUGUCCUGCAGAGACUGCGAAGGAAAAGGAUAUAAACCGUGCAAUUGCUGCAAUGGCUCUGGUAAGAAGGAGGAUGGAAACUGCAGUGACUGUAAUGGAACAGGAAAGGACAGGUGUUCAAAGUGCAACGCUCAGGGAAAAACUAAAUGUGAAACCUGUAAUGGACGAAAACAACUGCUGACCUUCAUAAAACUCAAAGUGGAAUGGACUAACAAUGAGGACAACCAUGUGGUGGAGCAAAGCUCUGGCCUGAAGGCUGAUAAGUUGCACUCGGUGAAAGGCAAGGAGCUGUUCAAGAUCUCUCAGAUCAUGGUCUACCCUUUAUACGGGUUCCUGAACCCAGCCAUCGCUGAGGCCUCUGACCGUCUGAUCAAAGAGCAUCAAUCCAAGUAUGCUCAAACCUCCAGGAUCCUGCAGCAGAGGCAGACUGUUGACUUGAUCCCCAUAACUAAGGUAAAUUACAAGUGGAAAAAUAACAUUCAUGUCUUCUAUGUUUACGGAAACGAAAACAAAGUCAAUGCCGAGGACUACCCUGCAACCUGCUGCUGUGUCAUCCUGUAGACACAAAAAACAAAACACACAAUUCAAAUGUGUACUUUUUUCAUUUUCAUCCAACUGUAAUCUCUAUUUGCAUGUCUUUCAAGAUUAAAUGAUUUUAUACAAACUGUCUUUUUUUUUUUUUAAAGCAUACCCAGCUGUUCACAGUAACAUUUACAGUAUUACAUGAAUUGGUUUGAAGCUCUGAUGCUUCAUCAUUUAUCUGUAAUACACUGUUUAUAAUGCCAAACUAGAAAAAAAUGUUUUUAAUAAGUCUCUAUUUGUUACAUUUGCUCUGGAAUCAGUUUUUUUUUACUUUUGUCUGGGCUCUUGGGUCCUCCAUUUUAUUUGUUAUUGAUUUUACCUGGGAUAAAUGUCAGUGAAUUCCAUUAUGUUCUGACCUUCACACCGAUACCUCUUAUAUGUAAUGUACAUGUCUGUUUUACAAUAUGCUAACUAUUACAACAUUAUUUUACACUCAUAAUCAAGCAAAUAUUCCAUAGUUCCUGAUGCUGCUUUUAUCGCAGGAUUCUGCCGCAUUUAAAAAAAGAUUUUAAUACUUUUUUUUUAAAAUACAAGUAUACUUUCGCAUCUAUUAUCCUAUUCUUUAAAUAUGUUUCCACUUAACCCCUUUGACCUGCCUUCCUCUGGCAGAAAAGGGAUCUCGUAGGAGCGCUGACCAUGUUAUAAACCUUGUGUAUCGAGAUGUAGGAGAAAGCCAGUUCAGUUUUGUUUUUUGUUUUUUACCAGUUAUAUUUACCCAAUGAUGCAUGUCUUUAUUUUACUUUUAUAUUUUUGUAUCUCCAAAAAUAUACUGGAUGUUAUGGAAUCUGUUUGCAUUUUAAAAAAUCCAAUUGACUUGUUGCUUUUGAAUAAGAUGUUUCUUUUUGCAAAUCAGCUUGUUGCCAUGUUGUGAAUGCAUGUUGUAAUUCUACGGAUUGUGAAAAAUUGUCAUUGUAAUUGAUAUAAUCUUUGUUAUCAGAUCCAUAAAUGCCUUAAAGACUGCA